AUGGAUGAAGAGGUAGAAAAAGCCACAAGCCCAAAAGACAAUUCUGAUUGGAUAGAAAUUAAGAAUUCCCUUAAAUCCCUUCAUUCCUUUCUUCAAAAAAAACACCGAUCUGAUAUAGCCCAGAUCAACGACAACGCUUUGUCUGACACCGAUGAUUAUUUGGAUGAAGGAACGAACUGUUCCGAUCCUUACUUUGUGCUUCAUGUCGAUAGCUUUACCCAAGCUUAUGACACUGCUGUAAAAUCACGUACCGGAAGAAAGAGGUUCAAUAUCAGACAAGCUCUUACUAGCAACCGUAAGACAAAAUCGGAGUUUUACGGAAAAAUAAAUAUGGUUUACGGAGAAUUAAUGGAGAAAGCAGAUUCUUUGGGAGAACUAAUCCGAAAAUUAGAAGGUCAAGUAGCUGAGAUUGCAACUGCCAUAAAAAGAGAUGCUGGAUGUCUUCCCGGGAGAACUGAUUUAAACCCGAGACGUCAAGUCAGUGCCGUAAUGUUGCGCAGCGGGAAAAACCUCGCAGCAGAUACGAGGAAUAACACAGAUGUUGGAAAACCCGACGACACUGACAAGACCGGAAAAAGCAACUCUCAUCCUAUUCUUCUUAACGAUCUUGACCCAAAUCCAUCUCAAGAGAACCGGAAAACCACCGCUGAAAAGGCUAAGGAAAAGGCAAUAGACUUAGAAUUAGAAGAAGAUACGGAGAUUGAGGACGAAAUCGAUCGACAGUACGGAACUGACGUCGAUCGACCUGAAAGACCUACCAUCGAUCGACAACCUGAAAAACCCGUCGAUCGACGGUCUACUCAACCCGAACCCAUAAUUGAAAGAGUUUAUAGAACUUUACCCCCUUUUCCUCCUAAAACGCAAACUAAGAAAUCAUUAGAGAAUGUAAUCUGCAACAAAGCCUUAGAUAAGAUUUCUGUUGAGAUGUCCCUUAGUGAUGCUAUAAAAAUAGCACCUUCGAUUAAGAAGUAUAUAAAGGACAUGACAUCUCCAAACUAUCCAAUUGCAGAACACAGCGUAAUGAUGAUUUCAGAAGAAGUAAGUGCUAUGAUUAAAGGAGAAACUCCAACAAAGAGAUCAGAUCCUGGUAGUUUCGUCCUAGAUUGUAAAAUAGAAAACACACGUUUUCCUAGAUCAUUAUGUGACAUCGGCUCUAGCGUGAACCUUAUGCCUUACUCUGUUGCAGUAACGUUAGGAUAUAAGGAGUUUAUGCCAACUCCGAUCACCCUGGUUUUAGCUGAUAGAUCCAUUAGGGUACCCGAAGGAAUUCUCGAAGAUGUUCCCAUAAAAAUUAAUGAUUGCAUCGUGCCUACGGAUUUUGUUGUGUUAAAAUACAGACAAGAACCCAAAGACCCCCUCAUUCUGGGUCGGCCAUUCCUAGCUACACCUGGAGCGAUCAUUGACGUCAAAGAAGGACGAAUUAAUUUGAACAUAGGGGAUAUCUCAAUGACUUUUGAUAUGGAAAAACUGAUUAAGCGACCCUUAAUAGAUGACCGGGCUUUCUACGUGUAA